UCAUGCUGCUGCCAGGUCCAGAGUCUCUCAUGGGUCCCUGUACGGCCUCCCAUUGCUGCUGUCUCCAUCGCCACACUCUGCCAUGUGCCACUUUCAGGUCUCCUCACACACUGCUGGUGUGUUCCAUUUUUUGUCAUAGGGUGCUGGCAGAUUACGGGCCUCCCAUAGCUGCUGCCAGGCCCCUAAUCUGCCAUGGGCCCCUGUACCGCCUCCUCAUGCUGCUGCCAGGUCCAGAGUCUCUCAUGGGUCCCUGUACGGCCUCCCAUUGCUGCUGUCUCCAUCGUCUCCCACACUCUGCCAUGUGCCACUUUCAGGUCUCCUCACACUGCUGGUGUGUUCCAUUUUUUGUC